GGUUGCGCAUGUGCAAAACGAAAGCCUGCUUUUCCGGAGUUACACAACAGAGUGGAGCUGCAAACCACAUUUUCAAGAUGACAGUAGUGGCUUUAGUGCAAGGGGCAACCAGGGGCAUUGGGCUGCAGUUUUGCAAACAUCUCUUGGAAAAGCAAAGUACAAUCGCAGUAGUCGCAACUUGCCGCGAUCCUGAGCACGCCCACCGGUUACACAACUUGGCGGAGGUCUACCCCGGCAGGAUUUCAGUCGUUAAAAUCGAUGUAACUAAGGAAAAAGACAUUAAAGAUGCCGCCGAAAAAGUUAAAGAUAAAUUUGGGAGUUUGGAUCUUUUGAUUAAUUGUGCUGCAAUACUACAUCCUUCAAGGAAAGGAGAAACCAGCCUCCGAGAUUUAACUUCCGAGGGUCUUGUUUCAACUCUUGCUACAAACACUAUAGGACCUUUGAUGAUGGCGAAGUACUUCAGCCCCUUGCUGAUGAAGGGAAGGGGAAAAUUUGGAGUGCAAUUGACUGAUAAUUCUAAGCAACACUGUGCUAUUCUUGUAAACAUGUCCGCAAAAGUUGGAUCUAUUGGAGACAAUGGUUUAGGUGGAUGGUACAGCUAUCGCAUGUCAAAGGCAGCACUGAAUAUGGCAACCAAAAAUCUAAGUAUUGAAAUGGGCAGAGGAAGAGCUAAGGUUGUAUGUGUGUCCUUGCAUCCUGGCACAGUGGAAACUGAUCUCUCUAUGCCUUAUCACCAAAAUGUUCCCAAAGAAAAACUUUUCAGUGCUGCAUAUUCAGUUCAGUGCCUAAUGAAUGUUAUUGAUGGCCUCAGUUUACAUAAAACUGGAAAGUUUUUAGCUUGGGAUGGAUCAGAACUCACUUGGUAAAGAAAUACACAAAAUAUACAUUGUCCAAUAUUAAUUAUAUUGUUUACUUUGUUUCUCUCAUUUGUUAUCCAUUCCUAUGUAUAUGAAAUAAACCACACAUAUUAGAAAUG